UCACUCAAUCCUAUUGUUCAGAAUGAAGUCCUCAGAUCUCAUCUCGUCUCUCUCUCUCUUCCUGACCGGUCUCCUCUUGUCUCCCGGGAAUGCUGUCUUGGCAGAACAAGUCACCUUCUAUGUCCACAACAAAUGCCCAUUUCCCAUAUGGCCGGCCACGGCUUCCAACACGGGCCAACCGGUGAUCGCAGACGGAGGCUUUUACCUCCCGCUAGGAUCCAACAAACGCAUCUCGGCCCCACUGGCGUGGACCGGGCGGAUCUGGGCCCGCACUGGGUGCAGGUUCCAGUCCAACUGGCAACCGGCUUGUGAGACCGGGGACUGCGACGGGCGGCUCGCCUGCGGCGGGCUCAUCGGUACCCCUCCCGCCACUCUGGUCCAGGUCUCGCUCCAGGCGGACAAGGCCAAGCCGAGCUUCUACGACGUCAGCCUGGUCGAUGGGUACAACAUCCCGAUCUCGGUCCAGACGAGGCCCGUGGGGCCCAAGUGCGGCAUCCCGGGGUGCUCAAAAGACUUGAACGGCAUGUGCCCCGAGGAGUUGCAAGUGUUGAACCGGGAUGGGGAGGUCGUGGCUUGCAAGAGCGCCUGUUUGGCCUUCAAUGCCGACAAGUUCUGCUGCCGGAACGAGUACGGGACACCCGACAAGUGCAAGCCGAGCGUGUAUUCUAAGAUGUUCAAGGAUGCCUGUCCGGGCUACUACAGCUAUGCCUACGACUCGCCCCCGCCAUUGGCGAGUUGUGCCUCCGAGGAGUACGUGAUUACCUUUUGUCCCCACACUUGGGGUGGUGAGCAAGUGCAAGGAUUGAACCAUACCUCUUCAUAGAGACUAAUAAUUGGCCAACCGAUAGCAACGUCAAUAACAUUAAUGGAGACUAAGGAGUUGAUUCAAUUUGAUUUCGUGCACUCGCGAGGAUUCACAGUGUCUCGUCAUAAAGGCAUAUGUAUACAGUUUGUAAUGGAACAUGAUAUCAGUUGAACU